UUAUAUUCAAUCAGCUGAUGAUUACAAAAAUAAUUAAAAUCCAACGUAAACAAAUAUUGGUAAAACGUUUAACCCGGAAAGAAAGAAUGAGCUUCUCGGAAAACACUUCGGAUUCAGACUGGAAAGCUGCCAGGGUGAAAGUGGCAAGGACCAUCAAGCAAUCUGCCAAGCGGGAAAAGGGCAAGGAGAAGCGGCCCUCGUCCGGCUCCGCCAAGCAGAAGUACCACCAGAAGUUCUGCGACAAGUGGCUGAAGAUCUUCGAGCCCUGGCUCCGAAGAUCGGCCGAGGAUCCCAACAAGCCCUUCUGCCGCGCCUGCCAGUGCAGCAUGGACUGCAACCGGUGCCACUUGGUCCGGCAUGAGCGCACCACCAAGCACAAGCGCAACCAGGAGUUGCUGCUGGCUAACGGAGAGAAAGUGGUGCGCCGGGAGCUGCAGGUGCGCCAGCAGCGGAGCAAGUACUACCAACAGCGCAAGGUGUCCCUUCAGGCAAACCGGCAGGAGGAGGAGCUGGCAGCGGAAGAAUCCCUGACUCAAGAAGCACUAUCCGCCUCGCCUGCAGAUCCUCAGCCUAUAGUAAUUAUUGCAGCCGACUGCUCCUCCCCCAGGGAGCUGACUAACACCACGAAACAGGAGGCGGUGACCAAGCAAGAGCUACUCUCGGAAACGGACACCACAACGAGGACGGCAGAUGCCGCAAUGAGCAUACCUAGGCCCACUGCUUCCAACCAGGAGGGAGUGAAGCUGCUCAUGCAGAUCCACCAGGACAAGAACGAGCUAAUGGAGUCCUUCCGCGAGCUAAUGGGCAGCCAAUCAACAGUCCACCUCCCGUCGCCGCCGAAAGAGAAGAACCAUGUGGACCUCUUCUUCGAGAGCGUCAGUUCCAGUGUAAAGGCCUUGUCUCCAAAGCUAAUAGCGGAGGCCAAGAUGCGGGUUUCCCAGCUCAUCUGCGAGUUGGAGCUGCGUGGCCUCAAGGAAAACAGUCCUACCGAAGAGCCUGCGUCAAGACAGAAUACCAUUCACCGGCCGCCUGGACAUGGAGGCCAUAUCCUGACGCAGCAACCGCGCUUUGGGGGCAUCAGUUGAGGGUUGAGGAUUACAUGUAAUAUUAAUAAUUAGGAUUUAUUUCUUUGCAAUAAAUUUAAAAUAAAUUUAAAUUGAU